GUUUUUAAACUUCUUCUUUUGUGUGGUUAUGAUAAGGAAGCCUGUCAUGUUGAAAUCAGCGCACAACAUUCUCCUGUUCUCGCUUGCCAUUACGGAUCUGCUAACAGGGAUAUUAAUCCCUCUCACCCCAGGAUAUGUUGUUAGCAUUUCAUCCUUCCCAGCUCCAAGUGGCUUACGUGGUGAAAUUUUUUGCCGCUUUUUGGGCAGCAGAUAUGUCCUCUUUACAAUGGGGAGAGUCUCUAUUUUGAAGGUCACGUGUUUGGCUGUGGAGAGAUGGUUUUCUAUCUUUCGACCAAUGACUUACAGGUUUUACUUCACAACGAAGAGGAUGUUUCUUUACAUUUUGGCCAUUUGGGUGUUUACCUGUAUUUUGAAGAGUAACAAAUUCUUUGAAUGGAAAUUGUUGGGAAAUAAAUGUUCUCCGAUAAAAGCGCCAUAUGGAGAAACAAUUACUCAAACAAUAGUAAUAUUUAUCAACUCUGUUAUAGGGUUUUGCCUUCCAUGUAUAAUUACAUGGGCGUCAUUUGCUCAUAUUGCAUUGCUUUUCAAGACAUCACUGGUGGCGAGAUGUUACGGCGAGCGACAAAGAAAACAACAGAAAGCGCUAUUACGCAUGUGCGCCGUAGCGUGUCUAACUCUGACACUGUGUUGGCUACCAGCUCAAGCUAUUUAUGUUCUGUCUCCUUUUGGCAUCACAAAUAUUGAUAGUCCCAUACACAUUAUAGGUGGAAUUCUCGCCAUGUCUAAUUCAUGCGUCAAUCCUUUGAUAUACUGGAUGACAAACAAAGAGUACAGGGACAGUUUGUGUAAAACCUUCGAGGUUUCAAAGAUAAAACUUUUCAACAGAAGACGCAAAAAAAUGAUGGAAAGUCAAAUGUAUGAACUAAUGGUUUUACGAAACUCAGGUAACUGAGGGGACACAGUGUUUCGUAGUUCUUCAUGAACACGAUGUGUUUUCCUUGACUGUAAAAUCGUUUGGUAUAAACUUCUUAAAUGUUCGAAUUCCCUGCCCCUAAAACAGUAACUUACACCCGUUAUCAC